UGUGGGUUUGCCCCAUCCCUACCUUUCCAGGCAGCAGCCUGGGGCCGGUCCUGGCAGGGCUUUUUCGUCUCGAUGAGGAGAUCUUGGGUCUCCGGGUCCCCACAAGGCUCCCUCUGGAUGAUAGCUGCUCUCUGGGUACCGCUGCAGGACCGAGUCAGCUUCCAAGGAGUGCUGGGCAACCCAGCAACAGCAGCUGCAGCACCAAGCCUCUGCACUCAACAAAUUUCUGUUGGUCUUGACAGAAAUGUUUUGUCUGGGAGAAUACCCCUGAGGACAAAUACUGCAGCAGCUUCAUCUUGCUGUGAAAGAAUCUCCAUGCUUUUAGAAUUCAACCUGAUAUCUCUUUAAAGUGGCAAUUACCACCUUCCUAAUUGUUUUAUUGCACUGCCAUCUCCUCCCCUACUCUUCCCAAUGUGUUGGCAUCCUUCUGAGAUUGUUCAUUACUGUCUGCAUUUGCCUGCAGCUCACAGGCAUGGCACCCCAUUGUCACAGGGACGGGGGAACUUUGUUUUGGGUCCAGAACAGGGACAAGGGGACACCAUGGGAAGCAUCUCCUUCCCCAGGGGGUGCCCAGGUGCUGAGCACCUCCUGACCCCAAACCCCUCAGCAGUAGGACAGAGCCAUGGGUGGCACUGGGGAGCACUGGGGCAGAGACAUAGCUCCCCAGUGCAUCACUGGCUGUGACACAGGGUGGCACUGGCAGGGCCGUGAGUCACUCCCUCCCUCCGCCCUGGACUUUGCCUCUUGCGGAUGCUCUGGGCAAUAAAUCUGGGAGCAGGGAGGGAGUGGGAGAGGGGUGAGGGCCGGGCGCAGUGUUCUGGGCAGCCCUGUGCCUGUCCUCACAUCCCAGCCCACAGCGUCCCAUGCAGCCGCUGCCUGAGAGUCAGAGCUCGGCCCUGGGGCCCCCUGAGCCCACGGUCGCUGAGAUCAAAGCCGUUGUGGUCGGGGAUGGGGGCUGUGGGAAGACAUCUCUGCUGAUGGUCUUUGCUAGAGGGGACUUCCCCAAGGUCUACGUCCCCACAGUGUUCGAGAAGUACACAGCCUCCUUCCGGAUCAGAGGCAAGCCUGCCAAGAUCCACCUGUGGGACACAGCAGGGCAGGAAGACUACGACAGGCUGCGCCCGCUGUCCUACUCAGACACCAACGUUGUCCUCAUAUGCUUCGAUGUCACCAGCCGCAGCAGCUAUGACAACAUCCUAACGAAGUGGUACCCGGAGGUCAACCACUUCUGUAAAGGUGUGCCAGUGCUGCUGGUGGGCUGCAAGAUCGACCUGCGGCAGGGCCACCACGAGUCUGUCACCUUCCAGGAGGGGGAGGCCAUGGCCCGGCAGGUGCAGGCUGCAGCCUACUUGGAGUGCUCAGCGCUGCACCGGGACAAUGUCAGGGAUGUCUUCAUUGAGGCCUGCACCAUCGCGCUCCGUGGCGCCCGUCGGCCCCGCCGCAAGAGGUGGCCCCGCAACGGCUGUGCGCUCUGCUGA